GCGCUGUCCCUCCCAGCUCCCCUCCGGCGGCAGCGGCGGCGGCAGUGGGUCCCCUGCGGGCUCCGCCAUGGCGCCGCCCGGCCCACUGGCCCCCGGCCCGCCGCUCUCUGCCGAGCCUCGCUAGCCUGAGCCGCGGCACCGCCGCCAUGAGCUCGCGGCAGCCGGACGCUCCCGCGCUGGAGCAGGGCGGCGGGGCCCGCCCGGGCAAGAUGUCGCUGCCCGUCGGUGUGCCGCGGCGGGCCUUCAGCUACGACGACGCCCUGGAGGACACGGCGCCCAUGACGCCGCCGCCCGCUGACCUGUGCGCCAACGUCCUCUGGAAGCAGCCGGUCAUCCCCGAGCGCAAGUACCAGGAGCUCUCGAAGAUUGAGGAAGGGGAUGCUAGCAUGAAUGCACCUGUCAUAACUCCAUCAUCAUCCACUGAAAGUGUGAACAAGGUACCUGUGGUGAAGGCCAAGGCCACUCAUAUCAUCAUGAACUCUCUCAUUACAAAGCAGACUCAGGAGAGCAUUCAGCGCUUUGAGCAGCAGGCAGGGCUGAGAGAUGCUGGCUACACUCCCCACAAAGGCCUCACUACUGAGGAGACCAAGUAUCACCGAGUGGCUGAGGCCGUGCACAAGCUAAAAAUGCAGAGUGGAGAGAUGACAAAAGAUGACAGACAGACUUCUUCUGCUCAGUCCACUCCAAGCAGCACUCCCCACUCCUCUCCCAAGCAUAAAACCAGGGGUUGGUUUAGUCAGGGAUCCUCUACUUCUAUCACUGGCCAAGACUUUGCCAUGGAAGCUGGUGGGGACAAAUUGCUAUCUGAAAGAUGGAGCUUGUUUGGACCCAAAGCCAUCCAGAAAUCCACCAAUGAUCCAGGAGGAUUUACCAUCCAAUCCUAUAAGGGUGCCCAGAAGCCAUCCCCAAUGGAGCUGAUGCGUGCUCAGGCUACUAGGAUGCCAGAGGAUCCAGUCACCUUCAAGCCACCCAAAAUGGACAUUCCAGUCACAGAAGGGAGGAAACAGUCUCCACGUUCCCAUAGUAUCAAACCUCGAGAUCUGAACGUGCUCACUCCCACUGGGUUCUAGGAAGAAUGCUUCUGAUGUCGUUAGUGGGCUACAGGCUGUCUUAGGCUCUGCUUCCCUGUCCCAUCGUGCUGCAGUAAAAUAGGAAAGUCUCACUUCCAGCUCUUCAUCUCAGAAAAGGAAACAGAUGUGACUAUCCUCCUAAAGCCAGUCUUGGAAAAACUCCUGCACUAGUACUAAACCGAUGUAAACCAUCCUGUCUGCUCUAUUGCACCAGUUGGGUCUGCUAGGCUGUGCUAGAUGUGCUUCCUGGCACAUUAUGCCACAGUAAAACCUUGAACCAUGUUUUGUGGGACAGGACUGCAGGUGAUGUGCAGGCAGGCUGACUUGUCUACCUGUAGUCUGAUUGUAUUGUCCUGCUCAGUGCUGAAGUACUCUCAGUAUACAGACCAGCAGAAAAUGAUGAAAACAAGCAAGGACUAAAAACUGGACCAUUAACUGCCAGCAGAGAGUUGCUCUGGGAAUGUGGUGGGUCGGUUUUAAAUGUGGCACUCCCUUACUCUCCAGUGUGACCUUACAGUUCAACACCUAGUAUUUCUUUUUCUUAGAAUUUUUUUAAAGGAAAAUGGUCACUGCUCCACUUCUAAGAUGCUCUUAUUAGAAAGGCAGGGAGCAGAAUCUAAUGGGGCUUGGCAGUAAUGAGGAAGAAUUGCUUCUCUUCCAGCUCUUCAUGUUCUGCCAAAAAGGUGGAAAUGACCAGAGCUGGUGUGGCUUGAACCAAGUAAUCCUCCUCUUCUUUCUGCAAAACAACACUGUCCUGCCUUCUAGACAGACUUAGAGAUGUUCUGACACUGAGUGCUGCUUGAUUAGGUUUAUUUUUCUAGCAUCUUGUAUGAAUCAUGUAGAAGUGUAUUAAACACCGGGGCACUUCUUAAAUAGGGUUUUUUGUUUCGUCAGCAUUAAAUGCAUUUUGCAGGGCUGGGGGAGGACUGAGAGCAGAUCAGAAUUAAACAUACCUCCCCACUAUGAUACAGCUAUAUGUAAUUUUUGGCCUAUGCAGAACCAGUUACUGGCAACAGCUAACACUUGCUUUCAUGAAAAGUGGAAGGAACUCCUGGCUACCAUCUCAUCCCUGAAGCAUUGUAGGCAGUGUUGCUCUGUAAUUGUCAUCUGUCCUGUGGCAAACAGGUCUCCUCUCUUGAUCUCAUGAUUGUGUUGCAGAGCUCCCUUAGGCAGCAACAGGCUUUCUGUAGUGGCGAGGUGGCAGCAGCAGCUUUGCAUCUGGUACUGGAAGCUUCUCUGUUGCCAGGACAUCAUACAGAGAUUACUUAAGAGCUGGUAACUGUUGAGCUCUGGGGUUUCUGCCUUCUUAAACUGAACAUUCCUCCUGGAGGGUGAGGCAGGAGUUGGCUUGCUUGGCUAGGUGCUGUCCCCUUUGAAGAUGUAUAUUUUGUGGCUCUGCUUCCUCUCAAGCUUCAACAGCACUGCCAAUGAUGUGUUGUGUUGAAAGUCUCCCACCCAACCAAGCAGUUUUUGCUGUUGCCACUCAUUUGCACCUUGGCAAUCAGUCUCUCAUUUGACAUUAAUUUAUUUGUUGUCUGUAUUCAUGUCUCUAAUGUGUAUGAUUUUUUGUUUGUUACAAGAAAAUAAAAUUCCUGUGAAUGGA